AUGGCCUCGCUAUUCGUAGGCCUGCAUGUGUGGCUGGCGUGGUUAGCGUGUGCAUUCGUUGCACAUGCGGCCGGUCUGGCACCUCAGAUCCCCUCGGUCGCCAACUUCACUCCUGCACGGGGUGCAUUCGAGCUGCUUCCCAAUGUGCAGAUCAUCGUUGACAGCGCGCAUGGUCUGGAAGGCUCGCCGUCCGCGUUCUCAUUCGCACAGACUUUCCGAGAAGACCUCAUGAGCGUGGCUCACUACGCUAGGAUUCCUCUCGUGACAGUCCUCCCGGUCGGCGCAGGAGUGCCUGAUAUUCCUGUCAUUCACGUUGUCAUCGACCCGACGCUGCAGUAUACACUGUAUAAUGGGCAGCCAACCCUCGAAGGGUACGACUUUGAGGUGACACCGUACGUAUAUACCAUCAAAGCAGCUGCGCCAGUCGGCGCAUGGUGGGGUAUGGUCACUCUGUUGCAACAGGUCGCUUCGUCUAUGGCCAGUGGCGCGACGAGUAUUACUAUUCCCGCCGGGACAGGUUCAGACUCACCGGGCUGGGAAGUCAGAGGCUUUAUGCUAGAUGCCGGAAGGCACUGGUUUGAUACCGAGUUCUUGUCGGAACUCUGUAUAUACGCGUCGUUCUUCAAGCUCAACGAACUCCACCUACAUGCGUCUGACAACCUCUGGAAUCCAGACUACCUGUACAGCGGGGGAGAUGCUUGGAAGGAGCUCUAUGCAGCUUUCCGCUUCCAACCGCCUCCUGGAUCCCCUGUUGCUGAACUGGUUCCGCGGCUGAACGAGAGCUGGCCACAGAGUGAUUUUGUUUCCUUCCAGGAGACCUGUGCAAACCACGGAGUGACCGUCAUUCCUGAGAUAGACACCCCGGGGCACUCUCUAGCUAUCACCCAGUGGAAGCCCGAGCUGAUGCUCAAUGGGCAACCUGAUCUACUCAACCUCUCCUACCCCGAGACGAUCCCUACUGUCAAAUCAAUCUGGCAACAGUUCCUCCCAUGGUUCAGCUCACCGGAGGUGUCCAUCGGUGCAGACGAGUACGACGCUUCGCUUGGGGACGCCUACGUCUCCUUCGUGAACGAGAUGUCCACAUUCAUCCAGGCCUCCGCGGGCAAACGGAUCCGCAUCUGGGGCACGAACGAGCCGAGCAACCAGAGCAUCCCCACGGACGUCACCAUCCAGCACUGGGACUUCCCCGACGCGGACAUCCCCGUGCGGCUCCUCGCGGCGGGGUACCGCGUCAUCAACUCGGAGCAGGCCUUCCUCUACCUCGACGGGAAGUACUCCGACGGGGGUGUCUAUCCAUACUCGCUCGACCUCGGCUUGAUGUUCGCGGGCGCGCCCGGCGGUGGCGGGUGGGCGCCGAACGUCUUCAGCGCGGCGGACGCGAGCAACAACACGAGUCCGGACGAGCCGGGGCUGAGGGGCGCAAUCAUGGCGCUGUGGAAUGACUGGGGGAACAACGCGACGACGAUGCUGGAGGACUAUUACCAGCUCGCGCAGAGCCUCGCGGUUCUUGGUGAAAAGACGUGGGCAGGCUCGGGCGUGCGCGACUCGGAGCUCACGCGAGAGCAGUUCGAAGCCGUAUACCCAGUCAUGAACGCGGCUGCGCCGGGGCAGAACCUCAAUCGGGCCGUACAGCCUGAGUAUGGCGACGUCGUGUAUACGUAUUCGGCGCCGUACAACACGCUCUUCACGCCAUAUACAUCCGUGGGGCCGCCGUAUACACUGAAGUUCAGCGUCAAGCCCAGCUCCGUUGAUCCUGAGACGGGUUUCCUCUUCGCCGGCGAGGACUCCAAGCUCUACGUCGCCAACCUCACCUUCGAAGCGACGGGCCAGCUCUUCCCGCUCGGAUACGUGCUCCCGACGGACACGUACACGUCGGUCGAGAUUCACGCCACGACGCAGUACACCUACGCUGUCAUCAACGGAGAUGAGAACAGUCCUCGGUACUGGACCACGGACAUGGAUAUUUGGGCGGAAUAUAUGGAGCUUGCGAAUAUGUCUUUUGCGGCUCCGGCGCAGCAGAUUGGGGGAGAAGGCUUUGCAGGCAGUAUUAAGGACGUGCUCCUAACGGUAGGUUAG